AUGGCACGUUCAUCCUCUUCAUCUUCCUCCAUAACUCCUCCACAAAAGCACGAGGUGCUCAUUAGCUUUAGAAGUGAAGACACACGCAAGACAUUCACUAGCCAUCUUAAUGGUGCUUUGAAAAGACUAGAUGUCGAAACCUACAUAGAUGACAAUGUUGAGCGAGGAGAGGAAAUACCCUCAACCCUAGUUAGGGCUAUUGAGGAAGCGAAGCUCUCUUUGAUAGUUUUCUCUAAAAACUACGCAGCUGAUAAGUGGUGUUUGGAUGAGCUCAAGAAAAUAGUUGACUGUGGAAGGAGGAAAGGGCAAAUCAUAGUGCCUGUUUUCUAUGAUAUAGAUCCUUCUGAUGUGAGAAAUCAGAGAGGAACCUUUGGUGAGGCAUUUGCCAAACAUGAGCAAAAUUUUGAUGAAAAGAAGGUGCGAGAAUGGAAGAAUGCUCUGGUAGAAGCAGCAAAUUUUUCUGGUUGGGAUUGCAACGACGUCAAUAGGACAGAGUUUGAAAUGGUUGAGGAAAUUGUGAACGAUGUGCUUGAAAAGUUGGACCGUGAGAAUGUGAGUGACCUAGAUCUACAGAUUGCUAAAUUGGAAGAACUUGCAAAACUUCAACGUGAAUUUUAUAAAAGCAUAACUACUUUCGAAAAUAUGUUAAAUCGCGACGCCACGAUUCAACGUAUCAUAGAACUUAAAAUGGAGAGGAGCGUUCGUUUGCUUCGUCUAACACCAAAUAUGCUCUCCUACAUGCAACACUCAAACUCCGAUGAUUAUAAUAAGAGUGUGUUUGGAAAUUUACUUGGACGUGAUGAUAAGAGUGUCUUUGAAAAUAUGUUUUAG